AUGCUAUAUUCCUUGUACAGCUCACGUCGGGCUCUAACUGCCCAGUCACUUGUCUUGUCAGUCCUCGCCCUUCUCGCACUCUCACAUGCAGCAGUGCUCAACCAGACACUGGCCCAAAAUGGCGACGGCCCAUUCAAGUACUACCGCAUCACUUCUCUGGCGAGCCUAGGCAAUGGUAUUGUACUGGCCUCUUUCGACGGGCGCCCAGAUGGCGCAGACGCCCCGUCGCCGAAUUCAAUUCUCCAGCGACGCAGCACAGACAAUGGCGAGAGCUGGGGGUCUCUGACCUACAUUGCGCAAGGCCGGCCUGGUUCAGAAGGGGUCCAGAAGUACGGAUUCAGUGAUCCAAGCUACGUGAUUGAUAGCGGCAGGGAGACAGUAUUCAACUUACACGUCUUCUCGAAAGAUCAAGGCUUCUCAGGAAGUGUCCUCGGCAAUAACGACACAGAUGUUGAUGUGCUGAGCGCCGAGGUGUCUGUGUCCACCGAUGCAGGACUCAGCUGGACGACUGACCCUGAUAAUCAGCCUGACCUGCCCCCGGUGGCGUCCGGCAAGGAGGGGGCCCCGCCGCUGAUUACAACCGCUAUCAAGCCAGUAGGUGCCACAGUCGAUGGUGUUGAUAAUGUUGGCGGGGUGCUGGGAGCAUUUGCCACUUCUGGACAAGGCAUCCAGCUCAAAUACGGGAAAUAUGCUGGACGACUGGUCCAACCGUUUGUUGGCAGCGUGGUUCAGCGCGAUGGGUCGACGGCGUCUCAGGCGUAUAGUGUCUACAGCGACGACAGUGGCAGUACAUGGCAGAUGGGCACACCUGUCGGUACCGGCAUGGAUGAGAACAAGGUAGUCGAGCUCUCGAAUGGAACACUCAUGCUGAAUUCGCGAUCCAGUGACGGUAGUGGAUAUCGUAAAGUCGCGUUGUCCAACGAUGGAGGCGAAACUUACUCGACCCCCAGGGUUGAGACUCAGUUGCCGGACCCGGGGUGCAAUGGGGCUAUUACGCAGAUGUACCCUGAUGCUGAGGAGGGGUCUGACCUGGCUAGAAUACUCCUCUUCACGAAUGCGAAUAGCCAGGAGUCGCGGGUAAAUGGGACCGUGAGGUAUUCGUGUGAUGAUGGGAACACCUGGUCUGCUGGCAAGGUAUUCAGCCCUGGAGCAACAAGCUAUUCAACAGUCACUGCACUGGACAACGACAUGUUCGGAAUAUUCUACGAGGCGUUGGAUAACGAGUUGGUCCUUCUUCGAGUGGAUGCGAACUGGCUGGGUGUUUCUUGUUGA